CCUGCGGAUUGGUUGCAGGUGUAUUUUCACACACCAUUGGACAAGACCGGGCGCAAAGGGCGAAAGGUAUCGCAAUACGGCUUGGGAAAAGGGAAAUAUAUAAAUAAUAAAAACGGGGAAAGGUGCUGUACAGCUGAGUUGUACCCAAACACACACAGAGAGCCAGAUGCAGGUGGUGCAGUGUGUGUGUGUCCAGUGUAACAGGGCUGUUUGAAGGAGCUUCCUCCUAAUGACAUUGUAAGGGGACAGUGCUGGAUAUAAUCUCCGAGACAUGGCUCCAUCAGUACGCUUGCAUGAAAUGAUCCGAGCAAUCCGAAGUGCCCGGACUCAGGCAGAUGAGCGGGCGGUUAUCCAGAGAGAGUGUGCUGCCAUCCGAGCACAGUUUCGUCAAACUGACACUGAAGGCCGCUUUCACAAUCUAGCCAAGCUGUUAUAUGUGCACAUGCUGGGCUAUCCGGCACAUUUUGGGCAGAUGGAGUGUGUACACAUGAUAGCCAGUUCUCGAUACAGUGAGAAACGGAUCGGUUACCUGGGUGCCAUGAUGCUCCUGGAUGAGAACCAGGAUGCCAGUCUGCUUAUCACCAACUCCAUCAAGAAUGACCUUUCGCAGGGUACUCAGCAUGUACAGUCUCUGGCCCUGUGCACUCUGGCCUGUAUGGGUUCUGUGGAAAUGUGUCGAGACUUGGCCCCUGAAAUUGAGCGCCUCCUCAGGUCCUCCAGCUCCUACAUCAGGAAGAAGGCAGCUUUAUGUGCCGUCCACAUUGUGAGGAAAAUUCCUGACAUGGGAGAGAUGUUCACACCUGCUGCAGGCUCCCUGCUCUCAGAGAGGAACCACGGCGUUCUACACGGUGCCGUAAUUCUGAUCACACAGCUGUGUGAUCACAACCCUGACACUCUGGAGCAGUUCCGCAAGUCUGUUCCACAACUGAUUCAAAUAAUGAAGGACCUGGUCACAUCAGGUUAUUCUCCAGAACACAACAUAGCUGGCAUCAGUGACCCUUUCUUGCAGAUUCGUAUUCUCAGAUUGCUGAGGAUUUUAGGUCACAAUAAUGUUGCAGCAAGUGAUCUUAUGAAUGAUCUCCUAGCACAGGUGGCCACUAACACAGACAGCAGUAAGACUGCAGGCAGUGCUGUGCUGUAUGAAACCGUGCUCACUGUCAUGGACAUCAAAUCAGAAAGUGGGCUCCGGGUUCUUGCUGUGAAUAUUUUGGGACGGUUUCUUUUAAAUAAUGAUCGGAAUAUCCGCUAUAUAUCCAUGACAUCACUCCAAAAGAUUGUUCAGACAGAUCACAAUGCAGUGCAGCGACACAGGGGUACUAUUGUGGACUGCCUGAAGGACCAGGAUGCCUCAGUUAAACGUCGUGCUUUAGAGCUUUCCCUAGCUUUAGUGACCGCAGCAAACAUUCGCACCAUGAUGAAAGAGCUUCUCGCCUUCCUCUGCACCUGUCCACCAGAACUUCGAGCAAGCACAACAUCUGGCAUAUUCAACACUGCUGAAAGGUAUGCACCAUCUCAGCGCUGGCACAUCGACACCAUCCUGCAUGUCCUCAUCACGGCAGGGAGUGAUGUGAGAGAUGAGACGGUACCCAACCUAGUUCAGCUCAUUGCUACAACAUCCAAGCUUCACUGCUACACAGUUCAUAAACUUUACAGAGCACUAAUUAGAGACAUUUCACAGCAAUCCCUGGUUCAAGUAGCCUGCUGGUGUAUAGGGGAGUAUGGUGAUUUGCUGCUGAAAGGAGAGUGUGAUGACAUCGAACCUAUGCAGGUAACAGAGGAUGAUGUCCUUGAUGCCUUGGAAACAGUCUUACAGUCACAUAUGUCCUCUCCCACAACGAGAGGUUUUGCCCUAACUGCCAUCAUGAAGCUGAGUACCCGCAUCAAAACCAAUGUGGACCGAAUCAGGAGUAUAGUUAGCAUCUACAGCAGCUGCAUUGAUCUGGAGCUUCAGCAAAGAGCAGUGGAAUACAACGCCCUCUUCAAAAAAUAUGACCACAUAAGGGCUGCUGUGUUGGAGAGGAUGCCAGUAGUUGAUAAGAACUUGCCUGGUUCUGCCAAUGGAGAGCUAAUCAGAGAAUCUACUAAGGAGCCUAACCAGCCCAAGCAACUUGCAGGAGUGUCCGUUUUAUCUCUGGAGCCAGCAAAUCAGGUGUGUGAUCUUUUGAACUUGCUGAGUGAAACUGAUUCAUCUCUCAAGGAAGGUACCGGUACUGUAAACAUCAACACGAUGUCCACUUCUACCAAUUCAAGUGCCAGCGGAAACCUGCUGGAUUUGCUUGGAGGCAUAGAGUCAACUCCUGCUCCUACUGUGACGGUUUAUGAUGUGGGAGGAGUGAGCCUGAAACUACAGUGUGACAGACAGACAGAGACUGGCAUCACAGUCACUUUCACUGCUUCUAACUCCACGCAGAGUCAUGUCACCAACUUUACCCUACAAGCAGCAGUACCUAAGAGCGUACAGCUUCAGAUGAAGGCUCCAAGUGGUGAUGUGAUUCCAGCACAAAAUGGAGGUACAGUCACACAGACUGUUUUACUCAACAGUACCAAUAAGGCAAGCCUAAAGAUGCGGGUUCGGGUAUCCUACUCCCAUCAGGACACAGUCUGUCAGGAAAUGCUACAGAUUGACUCCUUCCCAAGCCCUGCUUGGAACUGACUGUGGCAUUUGCCUGGGUCUUAUACAGUAUCAGAUCUUGAAGAGAAUUACAGUUUGUUUCUAGUUAUGGUUAUUGAUGUACAAAGAACUCCUGUGUAUAUCUGAUGAAUAUCUAUGGUACGUUAUUAUUACCUUGGCAAGUACAGUGAAGCAUUAGUGCAGAUUUUCUUCAGACAGCUCCUAAAAUGCAAACAUUUACACACAAAGUAACUAGGGGUUAAAUAUGUUCAAAUAGACACCUUUUUUUUUUUUUUUUUUUAAUUUUGUGGGGGUUGUUUUGGUAAAUGAACAACUAAAAUAAAACUGUUCACAUGAAAUGGAAUGGCUAGAUGGAAAUCCAGUCCAGUGUUUAGCUUGACCUCUUGGGUUUGUGGUCCAGUUGAUUGACAAAACUACCAGUGGUUGGGUGACAAUUUUGUCCAAUUAACUUGUUUUUUUUAAUUCUCUACUUGACUAUCCUAAGAUGAAAAUAUAAUCAGUAGAAAUGUAAGCGAGUUUUUUCCCAACACAGCCAGUUAUAUAGCAGCUAUUCUGCUAUAUUUGUAUUGAAGUCUGUGGAAACCCUAGUGAUUUCAAAACACGAUUAUUAGUUUAGUGUAACAUGCAUACAAUUAAACCUGUGCCAGACCAAUCCCAACUAACUAAGGCAUGGGUGUCUGGCUAAGUAAACCAUUUGUUUCCAGAUGCAGUUAUCUGGAGGGGUACCUUUUGCACCUUUCAAGUUUGAACUGGAGCAUUCAAAAUUGCAUUAAAAUUCUUUUUUUUUUCCCCCCAUCAAUAAAUACAUUUUUUAUUAUUAUUAUAUAUUUUUUUCCAUUUUACACUGAAGCCAUACCAGACUGUCUGAUACAUGUUCAGGUUAUUUGCAAAUCGUCUAGGAUAAUGAACAUGGACAUUGCAUUAAUUCAUUUCAAUUUAAAAUUAAAAACAAAACAAAAAAAGAA